CGGAAACAAACAUUGCAUAUUUACAUCGUGUGUACAUUGGUAUUAUAUACAGCACAAAAAGAUGUCGAAUUCAUCAUUAUCGACAGCAGUAUCCCCGACUCUUUGUCCAGUAACAACAGGUCCCAAUGACGAUUACCAAAUUCUUCUCGUUUUUCUUAUCAUUGCAUCCAUACUUGUACUCGUGUCUGGAGUGCUUCUUUUGCAAAAGUUAUUAAGUUUACGAUUACAAAGAAAAAGAGAGAUCGAAAUGGUGGUUGCAUUUUCUGCCUCUGAGGGAAAUGUGGAGGACAAUCUUCUUCCCGGCUCGAUGUCGAAUGGAAAUGUUGUUUAUGAAGAAGAGUUAGGGGAUGAUGAGGAGGAAGAAGAAGAAAACGUCACAGUAGAGUAUUCCAAUUUGCAGUCCAUGAGGAUUUCCGUAGAUGAAUUCCUCAGAAGCUUCCCAGACAGGAAGGCGAACAACGUCUUGGAAGAAGAAUUUAAACAUUUACCAGAAGGUCUUCUUGAAUCUUAUUCUGCAGCCCUGCUUCCUGACAACAAAAAGAAAAACAGAUACAAGGCAAUAUACCCAUAUGACCACAACAGAGUGGUCCUUGAUAGGACAGAAGAACCCGAGAAACCCGAUUAUAUAAAUGCAUCGUACAUAGACGGAUACAAUAAAGAAAAGGCUUACAUUGCUGCACAAGGUCCUUUUACCUCAGACACCAUUGAAGACUUUUGGACCCUAAUAUGGCAAACUGACUGUACCAGAAUUGUCAUGUUAACCAAUCUCUAUGAAGGAGAAAAGAUGAAGUGCUUGAGAUACUGGACGGAUGAUAGAGAAACAGGAAUCGAUAUUGGACCCUACCACAUCCAACUUGAUGCCAUCGAUGAAUAUGAUCAUUAUACAAUACGCUACUUAAUUGUAUCAAAAGAAGAUGAUGAAAUAAAACGCGUUACCCAUUUUCAUUUCACGACAUGGCUGGACAACUCCGUCCCCAAUGACUUGUCCGCCCUGAUUUGCUACCGGAAUUUAGUUCGGAAUGGUUUGACGUCCUCAGACGGACCAAUCGUCGUCCACUGCAGCGCUGGGAUCGGACGCACUGGAACGUUUAUCGCCCUAGAUUACAUGCUAGAUGAGGGUGGUACAGAAAACUAUGUUGACGUUAAAUCUUACGUCACUUCUCUCAGACAGCAAAGAGGGAAAAGCAUUCAGACUUAUGAACAGUACGUAUUUCUUCAUGAAGCAUUGAUUGAAGGUUUCCAAAUGUUACGACAGCGCUGCUUAUCAAUAUUGUGAGACAGUCUACUAUAUUUAGACAUUGUCUGUAAUGUAAAUGUGUUUAUCAUAUUUCACUUCAUAUAUUGCAAUACAAAAUGUUGAUAAGUUUCUAUUUUUACAUUGCUUUAUUUAUAGAUUGAUUUGUAUAUGUCUUAGUAAGUAAGGAAAAUACACAUUUUAUCUAUUCAUGACAAAUUAUUACAGCAGGUUUUAAGCAGUGCAUGUACACAAUUCAUAAAAAUCACAUCGUACUCUUCAUUCAUAACGCUCUAUCUUUGCGCUGGUAAAAUUUUGUUUGAUUUCAGGAAGGAAAUAAUAGCGUUCAGUAAGUGUUAUCAUAUUUGUAAGGGUAAUAACAAGAUGAAAAUGAUAAGUAUGGAUAACCAAACACGUCGCUAUGUUUUCAUAAAAACACAAUUAUCUACAUACAAUGUGAAUGUUUCGACUUAAUUUAAAAAGCAUAUUGCACGCACGCUUUUGUACAAAACAUGUUGAUAACAUCAUAUAUUUAAAAAAAAUGUUAAUCGAAAAUUAUAAUUAUCUUGCAUUUUGGCCUACUUUCCUUGUAUGUUGAAAAAGUUUGCCUUGCAGGCAGGGGGCAGAAAUAUUCCGCCACAUAAACACAAGAACUUCUUUCUCAUAUCAACAUGUAUAUAUCUUUCAUAUGUAUUUAUUGUACAUUAUGUACACAUGUAAUCAUAUAUCAAAUGUGUGAUGGGUGUUGUGUUUGUUGUUAAAACUUAUAAUGUACCGUUUAAAACUGUAACCACAGUUAUGGUAAUGUUUUAUCAAUAUCAUUAUCAAAAAUGAUAUUUAUAUGAACGGUUAUAAAACUGAUAUGGUAUUGAAAUGUUUAAUUAUCGAAAAAGUUAGACUGGUGUUGAGUGAAUGUCUUCAACAUUUGUAUCAAUUGAACAUAUCAUUAUGUUUUUAAAAUAUGUUUUUCAUUCUUAAAAAAUAUAAUAUAUUGUCGAAGUAAAGUAAAAAGCUAUUUUCAAGCCUUUAUGAUAUUUUGAAGCAGGACUAAUGCAAGCGUAUGUUUUAACAAUGACAAUGGAACACUGUACAUGAGCACCUUUAUCUCUACGUAUCAUAAUUUGCUAUCUGCGAUGUUUUUCUAUGUUGUUUGAAAAUAUUUGAUUGUAUUUAUUAUAUAGUGAGUUUGAACACACAUUCUAACAAUCAAUUUUCUAGUUUCUCACUUAAAACAUGUAAGACCCUUGUUUUUUAUAUCUCUUU